AUGAAACCCAGCUAAGAUUGAGCUAUACUCAACUAACUCUCUCUCUCCCUCUCUCUAAUAUAUAUACAGUCACAUAAAGAAGUAAAAAUAAUAUAAUGGCAGAUGUGCUAAGUGAAGAGCAAAUCGUCGAGUUCAAAGAAGCCUUCAGUCUAUUUGACAAAGAUGGAGAUGGUUGCAUUACUAUUGAGGAAUUGGCUACAGUAAUAAGGUCAUUUGAUCUGAAUCCAACUGAGAAAGAACUUGAGGAAAUUAUAAAUGAAGUAGAUUCAGAUGGAAAUGGGACCAUAGAAUUUGCAGAAUUCUUGAAUCUCAUGGCUAAUCAGAUCAAGAUAAAAUAUGUACAUAUCUGCAUCAAAUCGAAAAGGGCCUUUUUUUAUCAGGAAGAUGAUGCAGAGGAGGAGCUGAAGGAAGCUUUCAAAGUGUUUGACAAGGAUCAAAAUGGUUACAUAUCAGCUAAUGAGCUGCGGCAUGUGAUGAUCAAUCUAGGUGAAAAACUAACAGAUGAAGAAGUGGAUCAGAUGAUCAGAGAAGCUGAUCAAGACGGCGAUGGACAAGUCAAUUAUGAUGAAUUUGUUCAAAUGAUGACAAACAUUGGAUAGGAUUUCUUUAAUGAUGCUUAUAUUGUCUAUUAUUUAUUAUCUCUUGUUUAACGUUUGAUUAAUUGUUUAAUUAAUUAUUGUUAAUCUACCUUUGUAAUAGCUGAAAUGUUGGGUUUUUGAAUCUAUUUUCCAUUAAAUUUCUAAGUCAA